GAGAGAGAGAGAGAGAGAGAGAGAGAGAGACCACUCAUCCAUCCCACAGCUCUAUCAUCUCAUCCACUAGAGCAAUUAAUAUCCAAACAAACACCAACCAGCCACCGAACCCUCGCUCUCUCUCCUGUCUCUGCCAAAAUUCAAAACCUCUCAGAUCUGCAAUUCUCUCUCUUCUCCUCUGUAUAGCUUCAGUCCGAUGGCUGGCGUGCUCGAAACCUUCGCUGUCCCUCGCGCUUCGGCUAUGCCAGCGGUCUCGUUUUUUCCGAUUUUCAGUUCAUCGGUUUUUACACUGUCUGGACGCACACGAUCUUCUAGAUUGCCGGAUUUUAGAGGCCUUAAGAUCCAAUCGACUCGGUCCUCAGCAUCGGUGAGUUCGAACUCGAGACUUGUUCGCCGUGGAGGACGAAUUGUGUGCGAGGCUCAGGAGACCGCCAUUCAAGUGGCAGCUGUAAACGAUGCAACGUGGCAAUCACUAGUCAUUGAAUCACGUACUCCUGUUCUCGUUGAAUUCUGGGCUCCAUGGUGUGGACCAUGCCGCAUGAUCCACCCUGUUAUCGACGAACUGGCAAAGCAGUAUGCUGGAAAGCUAAGCUGCUACAAGGUAAACACUGACGAGUGCCCUGCAAUUGCUUCACGAUAUGGGAUCCGAAGCAUCCCAACUGUAAUGAUUUUCGUGGGAGGAGAGAAGAAAGAUGCAGUUAUUGGUGCAGUGCCUAAAUCAACACUGUGCACCUGCAUUGAUAAGUUCUUGUAGAGGCGGUAUGUAUGUAAUCUUUUAGGGGAACUGUGCUACCUUUCUUGAUUGUUUCUUCUCUAUUUAGCUUAUAAGUUGCAAAUUUGGAUUCUCUGCUGCGUUAAUAAACUCGAUAUGCUCCUGUAUAGUUGGAUGCUGCUGUGUUUCCUACCCGCUUUCUGAUAAUGUAAGAUAUACAAAUAUUUCGUUAAAAAAAAUUGCAAUUUUGUUCUAAUUAUACCUGUCUAUAUGUUAAAAUUCUGAAAAGCUAUAUCUAUUAUUGUCAUUAAAAUGUUAAAAUGAGAACUGCUUAUAUAACAUUCUG